AUGCGGAUGUUUCUUUUCUUUCUUCCUAUUUUAUAUCGAUCGAUUUUGGCACAAUAUGAGUCCCCAGAUCCAUCAUCUCCUGCCCCUUCAUCGAAUUACUGUGCAGCAUUCGUGGAAUGUGCUUCAGUUUCUCUUCUAGAAGAACGUCUCUGUCUAGGAAAUUCUCUUUGGAGACCAUAUUGGCUUCCAGAAAGAAGAGAUACUUAUGACUGUCAUCAAAAAUUGAAAAAUGAUUACACCACUUUGGAGCGCUUGGAAGAAGAAUUGGAUGGUCAGCUGGUCGCGUGUCUCAAUGAAAACUCGAAACCUCUUGACAAGAAAUUGAAUGAACAAUGCCAACUGAUCGGUCGUCCUCCGAGAUUUUCAUUCAGUCGAACGAUUACUUAUGUUCCAAAUCAUUGUUUUACCGGGGUGAAGAGAAGAGUUGAGAGACAAUGUGGACAGUUGAUCAAGUGUUGUCCAAGUAUUGAGAAAUGCAAACUUCUGUCAUCAGAAUCUACACUUCAAAAGAUGAUAAACACAACUCGAACAAAUUUGAGAAAACGUGCAGAUGACUGCAAGAAGGGAAUGCCUGUCUCCCCGAUUCUUCUCGAUGGAGUUCUGUUCUCUGAAGAUGAAUCUCGCGAGAGGACGUGGUCUCCAACUGGACAUGUAAAUGUGAGAUUUACUGAUCAAGAGACGAAUAGAAACCAACAAGAAGGAGGGCGGAAAGAUGGAUUCGUGAAUGUUCGAUUCACAACUCAGCAAGAAAAUGAGGAAAAAGCAAGAAAGUUAUUGAUUCGAUAUGGAGAUAAAGAGGGCGAUGGAUUGACACUUCCGAAGCUUUCUUAUCCAGAGUCAAGUUCAAAGAAAGAGUUUGAGAAGAAGUUUAAUGCAGCAAUGAGGAAGACUGACUUGAUAAAACAAAGAAUUGAGACUCUUGACAGAUCGAAAAUAGCGAAAGAAGGAUUUGAUUCUCUGCUUGAUGCUGCCACAGUGUCUGAAACUAUCAAUAAUAUGCCACCGAUGGGUACUGUAACUCUUCUCGAAUCGAAUGAUGAUAACAUUGUCGUCGAGGAUUCUGGGGAUAAAACAUCAGUUUCUUCACCAGUUGUCUUCGGAUCUUUAUCGGAAUCUGUCACAACAAAUCCAAUAAUUUUUGUGGAAAAGAUUGCAAUUCCACAGAAAAACGAAACAAUUGAAAGAUGUCGAGUAUCCACAACACUUCGAUUCACCAAUAUUUUGAAAAUGUUGGGAGAGAAUCCGAAUUCGAAAGAUUUUAAGGAAGUCAAAGGACUUGUGGAGAGUUUCGAGCAAAAGUUGAGAGGAAAAGAACUGAGUGAUGAGCAGAAAAAUAAAGCGAAAUUGAUUGAGAAAUCACUGGAAAUGCUUCUCGAAAAUUUCGAUGAUACUGACUAUAAAAAAGUAGAAAAAGAUGUGGAGAAGGUUGUGAAUGAGACUCGCGAUCUUCCGAUUUGCAAAGAAGAAGAAUCCACGAAUAAUUCAACAAUAGUGACUUCUGAAUCAAUUGAUGAUCCGACUUCGACGAUGCUCGUGGAUGAUAAUGGAGAUAAAUUCAUUAUUCAAAAAGGAGCAACAACACUUGUUGUCGGAGGUGAUAAAGAGGAGAAACUUGAGAAAAAAGAAGGAGAAGAAGUGAUUAAAAACUUCAUCUCGGAAGAGUACAAAGUUGAAAUCGAUGCUUUUAGAAGAGAACAUAAUCUGUGGACGAAACAGAAUAGUAAUACAACACUGAUAAAACGUAACGAGACAACAUGUGAUAUGUACAUGAGAUGUCGCUCUCAAAUGCAUUUGGCUGUUGAUAGUUGUGCAUGGAGAUUCGCGAGUGAUCAACUGUUAGCUACUAUGGCUGAAUCUGCAGAAAGUCUUCUUUUUAAGGAUGAUGGAGUCUGCUCUCAGAAAGACGGAGAUAAGUUCGUGCAACUCUACGAGAACAUGAUUAAAAGAAACGAUAAACUUCGUGUUUGUCUCGAUGAUAAAAAUGAGCAAUUUUUUGAAGACUCAGUCUGUCUCGCAUAUCCAGAACAACGCCGUCAUGAAUAUGACGAUGCCCUUCGACGCCUUCUGAAUACUUCAUACGAAUACUCGAAAUCUCGUGAAUGUUUCCACGAUGCGAACUUGAUUCAAGAGAAAUGCACACAUCUCAGAGAUUGUUGUCCGAAUUUCGAUGAAUGUCGUGAGGAGACGUUUGAAGUGGAAAUCGAGAGAACUAUCAUCAAUUUGACUGCAACAAUUAAUGAAAUCAAACAAGAAUGUGUUAAGAGAAAAGCAAAAGAAGCUGUUAAAAAUGUGGUCCGUCAACUUCUUCUAAGCACUGAUGCCGGACAGAAACUCGAAGCAAUUGCCCAACUUGGACUCGAUAUUUCCAGAGGAGCUCGUGUUGUUCGAAUGGCCAAAUAUAGAGCAUGA